UGUUUGUUUGGGGAGAGUGGGUGAUGUUGUAUUCUGCAGGGUUCUUCCAGCAGCUCCCCUGCCCAUAUAUCAGGGGCUCAGGGGAAUGUGUUCGGCCACACUGCCACUUCCAGCAUGUGUCACCUGAGGUACCCAGGGAGCAAAGUGAUGACACCAGUCCCAGUGACUCGCCUGCCAAGGUGGUGGGGCCACCUAAAGAAACCCUGGGUAAAAAAAUUAGUGAACUGGAGAGGCUUAAGAAGGCAAUUGAGACUGUAAAAAAUGAGGUAGAAGAGAGCCAGAAAAAGUUAUUACAGUAUACAAAUGGGCCAAAUACCAUGCAAGAACCACUUGAGGUUGACAUGAAUUGUAAUAUUCUAGAUCCCAUUGAAGAUGAGAAAACUACAACCAAGAAAAACCUUGACGUUUUGGUCACCUGCCCAAAGAACCGUAAGAAAAAAUAUGUGGUUGAUCGAAGCUGUCCAGCUACAGAUCUAGAGUAUGACCCCCUACUUAAUUAUACUGCAGGGUUUUUUGGUUCCACCUCUAAAGAAAAUGAAAACAAGACUAUGAAACCAAAAUGUGAAGAGGUGUUGGAUAACCCUCAAAAGAAGCCUAGAAUUGUAUCUCCAAUAAGGCUUGAAAUAAAACUUCAAGAAUCUGACGAUGAUGAUAUGCUUGUCAUUGAUGCUCCACCACUAGAAGUUGUUUCUAAAAGAAAAAGGCCAAGUAAAGUGUGUGACCCUGUAAGGAAACAUGUGGCAUUGGUUGAAGCUGCUGUAUCUGAAGAAACUGGAUCUAGUAUGGAAUGUGAGACUUUGGCUCCAAAUUAUGACCAUUCUGAUGAAAAUGGCACUUCUGAAGCAAAUAAAUCCGAAGCUUCUCAUAAUUUACUACCUACCUGUAUGAACGAUGGUGUUCUGCAACAUGAAAAUCACUGUAAUGACCAGAUUAAAUCAGAAGAGAAUACAACCUCUAGUAUAAAUGAAUCUAAAAAUGUUGAGACAGAUGUUUCAGUGAGUGGUAAAGAAACUAAUGAAGAGCAAGAAAACUUGAUAGAAAAUGUAGUUGAAAAGGAUUCAUCUCCUCUAGUUUCUGAGAAGUCUUUAGAUUUUUGUGACCGUGAAGUUUUUCCUAACUCAUCAGCAGACUUGGAAAUCAUUAAGGUUGCUGCUACCACAGCCUUGGAUAAAACUGCUGUCCAUAACCUUCCUAAUGAGCAGAAAUCCCUGCCAGAGAUCGUAUACGUGCCGAACAAAAGAGACAAAGUCAUUGUUGUGAAUUCGUCAACUGACGAAGACAGCUCAGAAGAGGACACCGUGUCAGAUUCCGAAGACCCCACGGAAGAAUGUUUGCGUAUUUUUAAUGAAUUUGCUGAAAGUGAAGCAAAGAAAAAUGCAAGCCAGGCAGUUCAUUGUGAGGAAGAUCAGCCUGAUCCAGAACUACAGCUGAAAGGAAAUGAGCUUCUACCAGGACAAAGGAAAAGAAUUGCACAUCCGUCAGCAAAAUGUGAAGCCAAGGAAACUGGUUCUAUUCUUGUUCCUUUCAGAAGAUCUGCUCCACACCAAAUGCCACCCCAAAGGAUAGUGCAGGUUCACCAGCAAGCAGUGCAGAUUAGUUCUGCAGUUAAAGGUGGACAAGCCUUUGUAGCUUCUUCACAGAAGAGGCUUGCCAGCAGGAUUACACCAGGAUUUCACUCAUUCGGUCAGAUGGUUUGUGUUAAUUUAGUUGAGGUACAGCCGAUUUUGCCAUCUAGAAGUCAUAUAAGUGGACAAGGAAGUACACUUUUAACCACUGUAAAAUCUGGUUUCCCUCAAAGAAGAACAAUGCCAACUCCAGCGAAGAUAUCAUGCCGCAGAAGGGCAUCAGUUAUUCCUGAAAGCAGUUCUAAAGUGCCUCAUGAAACAAGGCAGCGAUAUGUUAACUCUUUUGUGGAAGAGUUUUUGAAAGAGUCUGCAUCCGUCCAGGAAGCCUUUGAUAAGGCUUUAACAGAAGAAAAGGCAAUUUAUGAGCGUUGUGGGAGUAAGAACAUGUAUCUUAGCAUAGCUGUUAAUAGCCUUAAGAAGCUCAGAGAUCAACGCACUAUUAAUGAUUCACAACGUUCAAGGAAACAAGAUGAUAAAAAUGAAUUGACAGGGCCCACGCUUUACAACUUCCUAAAAGAAUACCUCUUGUCUGAGGAUCAGUUGAUAGAAAAUGGAUAUCCCCGACCAAACCCUGAGAAGCCUGGCAGCGCUUUAUUACAGAAUGCUGGAGGGAAAAAUAUAAACAAUGAUGCUCUUAGAAGAGUUUGUUCUCGCUGUGGAGAAAUCUAUGCAGUGACAUUGCAAGGCAAGCAUGUACGUAAAGAAGAAUGCUCAUAUCACUCUGGUAGAGUUCGAAAACACAAAGUCCCAGGUGGAAUGGAAACACGCUACAGUUGUUGUGAAGCAGCAGUAGGAGCCCCAGGGUGCCAAAUGGCAAAGCUCCAUGUUCAUGAGGGUCAUAAGGAAAAUCUUGAUGGAUUUAUAGGGACUUUCCCAAAGCUUCAGCCUUCUGAUGACAAUCCUGGAAUAUUUUCUGUGGACUGCGAAAUGUGCUACACCACACAUGGUCUGGAACUUACAAGAGUCACAGUGGUCAGUCACAGUUUACAGGUGGUUUAUGAUACUUUUGUGAAGCCGGACAAUGACAUCAUAGAUUAUAAUACCAGGUUUUCUGGUAUCACAGAGGACAGUCUGACGAAUAUCACAACAUCUAUUAGAGAUGUACAGGCCAUCAUGCUUAACUUAUUCAGUGCUGAUACAAUUCUAAUUGGACAUAGUUUGGAAAAUGAUUUAAUUGCACUUAAGCUCUUUCAUGAUAUGGUUGUUGAUACUUCAAUAGUGUUUCCACACAGACUAGGUUUGCCUCAUAAAAGAGCACUGAGAUAUUUAAUUGCGGACUACCUUAGACGAAUCAUCCAGGAUAAUGUUGCUGGUCAUGAUUCUGUUGAAGAUGCUACUGCAUGCAUGGAGUUAAUGCUCUGGAAAGUAAAAGAGGACACAAAAGGGCGGCGAUAGAAAUUCUACAUCUGUUUAUUUAAAAAUUAAAAGCACUUAUGUACCUUCUGUAUACUAUCAUUGUCAACAUUUUUGAUAUGCCUAUUCUGCUGAUAUCUUUAAAUUGUUUAUCUGUGAGCUUUGAACUAGCACUUGUUUUGUCUCCUUGCAUCCUCUUCCCUUCCCUGACCUAGAUGCUGUAUGAACAUUUCAACUGCUGCUUUCUCAAUCUGCUUACUCAAAAUUGAUCUUCAUGUUUUUAGUAGCUGGAGCUUUAAGCUACUUUUUUUUUUUUUUUUGGAAAUUGUACCUAAAUGAGAAAUGCAGGGGUGCUGUAGCAGCUUUGAUGGAAAGUAUGCUACCAGUGAAAGACAAUAACUGCUCCCGAUUUCAAAAUAAAUAUUUAAGCAUGUGUGAAUUUAUUUGGACUAUGGUAUAAUAGAUUACACCUGGACAAACUCUAGUAAACAAUGCCCAGUAGAAGGCUUUUGUUGAAUACUAGUCUAUCUGAUCCCUCCCUGGUAUGUCGGGAUGACUUCUGGCACAUUUUAAAUACAAUGCAAAACUGCCUUGGGGUCCAUUGACACCAUUUGUGUUGUUGUGCCACUCAUUGUGAAUCACGCCUUAACGCAUCUUCAAAAUGUACAUGUGCUGUAAUGCAGCACGCUGUAUGGUGUUCUGUGUGUUAAGCUGUGAAAAUGCAGCCAUCCCCACAUUUUUGUGCUUGAUGGUGCAAUUCAGACUAUUU